AUGCUCAGCAGUCAGGGCAGCUUCCUGAGGCGAUUAAUAGCUGUGCUUCUCACACCUUCUCUUCUCUUCCUCGCUGUGACAGCUGAGCUUCCCCUUCCGGCAGCUGCUGCAGAGGCGGAGUGGCCUUUCCACUCUGCUCAGUUCCUGACUAGCACCACUUCUUCCUUCACCCAAGGUCUCCCGCUUCUCUGCAUUGGUGAACAUGAGAGUUGGAAGCGCUCGGCAGAUCCUGCUCUUCUGUGCCGCAGAUUUAAAGACAAUCGGAAAAAUAGCAUUUGGCUUGUAGAUUUCUAUGCACCAUGGUGUGCACACUGCAGAAGACUGGAACCAGUUUGGAAUGAAGUUGGCUUAGAGAUGAAAAGGCUUCAUUCUCCAGUUAAAGUUGGAAAGAUGGAUGCUACUUCCUAUACAAGCAUUGCUUCAGAGUUUGGAGUUAGAGGAUAUCCAACAAUUAAGCUGUUAAAAAAUGACCUGGCAUAUAACUACCGAGGGCCUAGAACUAAAGAUGAUAUCAUUGAGUUUGCUCAUAGAGUGUCUGGGGCUCUAAUCCGUCCACUUCCAAGUCAACAGAUGUUUGAACAUGUGAAGAAGAGGCAUCGUGUACUAUUUCUUUAUGUUGGAGGAGAAUCACCUUUAAAGGAGAAAUACAUAGAAGUCGCUUCCGAAUUAAUUGUUUAUACCUACUUCUUCUCAGCCUCAGAAGAGGUUAUACCUGAGUAUGUAACCCUGAAUGAGAUGCCUGCUGUUCUUGUUUUCAAAGAUGAAACUUAUUUUGUAUAUGAUGAAUAUGAAGAUGGAGAUCUUAAAUCCUGGGUCAACAGAGAGCGAUUUCAGAAUUAUCUUACUGUGGAUGGCUUUACCCUCUAUGAACUUACAGAGACAGGAAAACUUAUUAUCAUAGCAGUUAUUGAUGGGAAAAAUGCAACAAUCGAACAUACCAGAAUGAAGGAAUUUGUUCAAGAAGUAGCUAAAGAUUAUAGAAAUCGUUUUAACAGGAAAGAUUUCCAGUUUGGACACAUAGAUGGAACUGACUAUGUAAAUAACAUGCUGAUGGAAGAAUUAAGUGUUCCAACUGUAGUCAUAAUAAAUACUUCAAGCCAUCAGUAUUUCCUGCCAACUAGACAUAUUGAGACUCUUGAAGAUGUGAUGCAGUUCAUUAAUGAUAUAUUGGAUGGCACAAUAGAAGGCCGAGGCGGUGAUGGAAUUUUGCAUAGAUUGAAAAGAGUAUUUUAUGAUAUUAGGACUACUGUUGUGUCUGUAUUCAGAAGCUCACCAUUUUUGGGCUGCUUUCUCUUUGGUCUGCCACUGGGUGUCAUCAGUAUCAUGUGCUAUGGAAUCUACACAGCUGACACAGAUGUAGCUUAUACAGAAGAACGAAUUGAAGUAUCUAAAACAGAAAUUGAAACUCGAGGUGAAAACAAUGAGGAAGAAAAAAAGGAAGAAAACAAUGAAAAUUCCCUAGUACUUUCAGAUGCAGAGCAAGAACCCAAAGAUAUAUUGGAAAAGAAAAAUGACUGAGUCUCCUAUCAUUUAGGAUAUUUGAUGGGAUUUCUAAUUAAAAAAAAAACUUAUUUAUUGAAUUUAGCCAUUUAAUCAUGGUCUUUGCUGAGGAAAACAUCUGAUCUGUAUUUUGCUAAUGUUGAUUGCAUGGACUAAAAUCUUCCCAUAUUUGGGAAGAAAGGUGGGUCAUAUGGAUAAGAAAUGAAAUAUUUAUCUUUUUUUUUUUUAAAGUAGUCUUUGAGGUUUUAAAGAUCAUAAUGAGAAACUAAAUCAAUUUGUAUAUUCCUUUAUCUGAAUACUGUCUGGCAAAGCUGAGGUUCUGGGGCAGAAUAUUUACAUCUUUCAGGGAGAUAGAAGACACAUUUUUGCUUAGAACAAUAAGACUUAAUUAUUUUUGAAAAAAUUAAAAAUUGGCAUUUAUUUUAGUCAUUUCAAAGAGAGGACUUUGAAUGUGUAAAAUUUGUAAUCUCCCACAUGUGAAAACCACUCAUGUUAUUUAGACUUUAAUAGAUAAAAAUAAUUUGACUUUACAUCACAUGCUAGUUUUAUUUUGGUUAAAAGGAGAACACAUUUUACUUUUUUGCAUUAUCAUAAAAAAAUUUAGUCUCCCUUCCAUACCCUAAAUCAGCAACCUCAUGCUUUAUAAACCUCAGUGUCUUGAGGAAAAUUAUUUAAAGAAAUACUUUUAGACCAGUCAAAAUUGUUAGAUUUGCCAUUAUUCCACAGAAAAGUUCACUCCACUGUG